CGUUCUCUGGCCAAUUGGGUGACACUGUGUGAUCACGUGACAUCUCUUUCACUUUGUUCCAAGUCUGUUACCUGCUCUGAAAAUGGUAAUGCUGAAAGGAAUACCAUUAUUACUUACACCUGAACUGCUGUAUGCCCUGGCCAAAAUGGGGCACGGAGACGAACUGGUUCUUGCAGAUGCAAAUUUUCCUGUCUCCUCUAUUUGUAAAUGUGGUCCCAUGGAGGUACGAGCUGAUAGCGUGCGUAUUCCAGAGCUAUUGGAAGCAAUAUUGAAGCUCUUUCCUCUUGACUCCUAUGUCGAAUGUCCGGCAGCUGUAAUGGAUCUAGUGGAAGUUGACAGGCAGCGGGGUAUGGUGGUGCCAGUGUGGAGCUGCUACACUGGACUUCUUAUACAAGCAGGAUCAGGUGGGAAUGUUGAGAAACUUGAAAGGUCUGCUUUCUAUGAGCGUUCUAAGAAAGCUUUUGCUGUUGUAGCAACAGGGGAGACUGCUUUGUAUGGCAACAUCAUUAUCAAGAAAGGAGUCAUUCGUCCUGAGGAGCUAUGCUGAAGAAUGCUGAAAUAUUCUUGUGAUUACACAAGUUACCUAUUGACCUUUAAAAAAAAACAACUUUUGGACAACAAGUUGGAAUUGGAGAAGUGCCUAGGUGUUGUAAUUUACUUAUUCCUGCAAUAUGUUCAUUACACUACAGGAAAUCUGCAGACACAGGCCUAUAAGGUAGAAUAAAUGUUAUGACUUAAGCAUUGCUUUUCAGACAUUGAUAGAAGAUUGUAGAAACGUGGUUCCACAGGUUUCAGCUGGAUGAACUUAGUUUCAGAAACUAAGAGACAGCAUUGUUUGGGUGGUUAAUCUUUUGCUUUUCAUAGUUUUUUUUUUUUUAUUCUACUACUUAAGUGGUUAAAAUCUUGCUUCUGCUGAAUGAAAAGCUAAAAAUGCA